AUGUUAGAGAGAAUCCUGGUAACGAGGCACGGCUUCAGAAGUAACUGGGACACAGAAUGGCUACCGGAGAUGUCGCCGACCGGUAUCCCAGCUGACCCCUCACUAUCCGCUCACGGCGUCGACCAAUCAAAAGAACUGGCGACCUAUCUCUCCUCCCUCCCCUACAAAAUCGACCGCAUCUACGCCUCUCCCUUCUACCGCUGCGUCCAAACCAUUGACCCAACCGCCGAGCUCCUCUCCCUCCCAAUUUACACCGACAACGGUAUCGGCGAAUGGUACGGCCUCACACGCGCAACGCAUCCCUCCCCGGCCCCCGCGAGCGUAAUGAAGGGAUUUUUCCCGAGGGUGGUAGAGGGGUAUACCCCGAGUCUUGUGCCGUCGACGACGGGGGAGAGUAUGGCAGAUGUACAUGAACGGUGUCGGAAGGCGCUUGAUGUCUUAAUUGAGAGGGCUGAUGCGGAGGGGUUGAAGACGAUUUUGAUUUGCUCUCAUGCUGCAACGCUCAUCGCUAUCGGGCGUGGACUAACAGGCAAACCCGACCUACACGUCAACGCCGCGACAUGCUCGAUCUCAGAAUAUAUUAGAGGAGAGGGCGAGGAGAGAGUGGGGAACUGGAAGCGUGUCAGAAAUGGAGAUUGUUCGCAUUUGAGUCAUGGGGAGGAGAGGAAUUGGUGGUUUGAGGGGGAUAUUCCGGUGUAUACGAACGAUCCGGCGAUGGCGGAGGUGGUAUUGCCGGCGAAUGCGAGUGAGGUUGAGAGAAAUGCUGAUCCGAGUGCCAACUCGAGUGCGACGGAGAAGGAGAAGGAUGAGAGUAAGUUGUAG